CCUCGCUCCGCAGCAGGGAAUGGCUGUGCCGGAGCUGUGAUCCCAGCCCAGCCCCACAGCGGCCCAUGGAAGGGAAAACCUCUCCGAUCUCUGAAGGCAAAUGAGAGGCUUUGCUUGUGGAGCUGUUGAAGCUGGGGAAGCACUGGGGGAGAGUAUCUGGAGGAAAGGAAACAAAUACAUAUUCUUCUGCAAAUUCACAGACCACGGCAUCGCCCAGCUCCCUCCAUGCCUCCGCAGCCAGCAGCAUCUUCAGCAUCCGGCCCCCACAGCCUCGGGAGAACGUCCUCGGCAUCAGCUUUAAGCCCUACAGCCCCGAUUCCAUCCCGGCCCCGGUCCCGUGCACGGCCUGUGAGAGCACACGAUCCUCCAUGUUCAGAGCCGCCUGCAUGAGCCAGCGGCGGCUCGCGCUCAUCUUCUGCGUCUCCGUCCUCAUCGUGCUGAUCGUCGCCCUCAUCCUGCUGUUUAUGUUCUGGCGGUCGCAAACUGGCAUCGUGUACAAGGAGCCCGCCGAGACCUGCAAGGACAACCCCGUGCGUUGUGACGGCGUGGUGGAUUGCUCCCAGAGGAGCGACGAGCUGGGCUGCGUGCGGUUCAGCUCCGACCAGUCCUUGCUCCACGUCUACUCCAGCGCUGAGAGCCAGUGGCUGCCGGUGUGCAGCAGCGCCUGGGAUGAGUCCUUCUCUAGAAAGACCUGCCGGCAGCUGGGCUUCCAGAACGCCUCGCAGACAGAAUACAUCCCCCUACACAUCUCUGGCAAGAGCCUCACAGUGGCAGAUGAGCGGGACACCAUCCAGCAGAGCCUCAACAGCUCCCAGUGUCCGACGGGGAAAUUCGUCUCCUUGCGGUGUACAACCUGUGGGCAGAGGAUUUCAGGCCGAAUCAUUGGAGGGAAGGAAACCUCGGUGAGCAAAUGGCCCUGGCAGGUCAGUGUGCAGUACGGGCCCGUCCACAUCUGCGGUGGUACCAUCAUCGAUGCGCAGUGGGUGCUCACCGCCGCACACUGCUUCUUCAUGAACAGCAUGAAGAUCCUGGAUGACUGGAAGGUGUACGGCGGGGUGUCGGAUCUCAAGCAGCCCAUGGAGGGCAUCCCUGUCUCCCAGGUCAUCAUCAACUCCAACUACAGCGAUGACCACGAUGACUAUGACAUUGCUCUCAUGAAGCUCUCCCGGCCGCUGACGCUCUCAGCUCAGAUUCGCCCAGCCUGCCUCCCCAUGCACGGCCAGCGCUUCCAGACCGGCAGGUCCUGCUUCAUCACCGGCUUUGGGAAGACCAGGGAGAAUGAAGCUCUGCAGAAGGUGUGCGAGAAGCAGCAGCUUGCUCCCUCCUACAGUGGGGGGCCGAGGCUGGCCCUGCCCGACGGCUCCUCCUGCCUUGCAGAUAACACCUCCCCAAAGCUGCGGGAGGCCGAGGUCAAACUCAUCGACUACAAGAUCUGCAACAGCGACAAGGUGUAUGAGGGCUACCUGACCCCGCGCAUGAUGUGUGCUGGGUACCUGCAGGGGGGGAAGGAUGCGUGCCAGGGGGACAGCGGGGGACCCCUGGUGUGUGAGGACAACGGCCGCUGGUACGUGGCUGGUGUGACGAGCUGGGGGACAGGAUGUGGCCAGAAGAACAAGCCUGGGGUUUAUACACGUGUGACAAAACUCCUCAGCUGGAUCUACAGCAAAAUGGAGAGCGAGAACAACUGAAGCCAGGCUGGAACCUGUGCAGCAGCAGCAGCUGGCACCGGCCCCUCACUCCCCCUGCCAUCAAGGAAUGGUACCAUCUGCUGUCCCUUCUCCUCUGGGCUGCCCAUGCAACUGGGGACCUGCAGCUGCCUGGAUUGUGACAAUGCAGCACCUGCAGAGCACCUCAGUCCUGCUGACAGCAUGGAGACGUCUCUGCCCAGGGCUCAGCCUGUGCUGGAUGUGCCCACUUGGAGCUGCCGUCUCAGCUGUGGCCCUUGGCCUGCAAAUAGAGGCACCAGGACCGUAUGUCCUAGAAUGGGGGCACAGCCUGAAGGUGUGGGGCUGCUGCCCGUCCCUGCAGCUGGAAGCCAGGAGCAGAAAGUUGCAGGUGCCUGUGGUGAGUGAGCCCCUUCCUCUGCUCGCUGCGGGGACAGCUGAGCAAAGGGGAUCCCCAUGGGGCAGCUGAAGCACCUGCUGGGAGGAGGAACGGUGGUUGCUCUCACAUUUGCAUAUGGAUUUAGGAAGUGUCUUUUUUAAUGAAGUGCUUCCCCAGCAGAGAAACAUCCAUUUAUUUAUUUUUCUAUGCCCUGGAAGUACUCACUGCUGGGACUAUGUGCAGCUAUUCUCAUCUCCCUGCCUGCCCUGGGCAGUGGGUAGGCAGCAGUGCAGGGCUGGUCUGCUCCUGGGGUCAGCAGGGUUGUGCUGUGACACAUGUGACAGAAACCAGCAGCAGCUGAAACUCAGGACAGAGCAAGAUCUAGAGUAGCACCCAGGCCCAUUCUAGCCCCAUGCAUCUCUCAGCUCUGUGGCCAGUGCCAGGUUUCUUUGUCUCACACAGAUGCCCAUGUCUCAGAGCAGAUGUGUUGAGGUGUGUGCAUGUUGGAUGGAGGCAGGCUGCUGUUCUGCUGAGGCUGUACCCCCAGCUGCAGGGGGUCCUGGUGCUCCUGGCUGCCCCACACUCUUCUCAAUAAACGUUUCAGUAGUGCUCUGU